UUUUUCGCAAACUCUUUUUUUCAACCCUAGCCUCUCCCAUCGCACAUCAGACUCAUCUCUCAAGCCCGAUCUUAACCCUCACACUAAAACCUCCAAUCUCCAAACAACGCAAAGGCAAAACCCAAAAACCUCCCCAUAUGCUAUGCAGCUCUAAACUCAGGGCUGCACUUUCCUCUCAUCUCCGUCGCCACUCCUCAGCUUUCUCUCUUCCUCUCCGCCAUUUCUCUUCCACGGUCACCGCCACCAUGGCCUCCAAUAAUCACCCCAAAGACGAAUCCUACCUGAACCAAGUCAUCCCCAAGCGCAUCCAGCUCUUCCAAUCCAUCCAAGCCAAACUCCUCACCGAAUGCCUCUCUCUCUCCUCCGAUCCCAUCAAGAUUACGUUGCCGGAUGGGACUGUGAAGGAAGGGAAGAAGUGGGUGACAUCGCCAUUGGACGUUGCGAGAGAGAUUUCGAAGAGUUUGGCUGCCAACGCUUUGAUUUCUGAGGUCAAUGGGGUUCUCUGGGACAUGUCUAGGCCUUUGGAGUCUGAUUGUGAGCUCAAGCUCUUCACUUUUGAAUCCGACGAAGGCCGCGACACUUUCUGGCACUCCAGCGCUCACAUUCUCGGCCAGGAAAGUGGGUAUUUCCCUCCAUUGGUCUCUCAUUUACAGGUUUCAUCUUUACAAGGGGAACACGGACACACAGGAGGCCUUAGGAGUGAUAGGAAAGAUGCUUGGCAUCCAGCUAUGUUAAGGAAGGACUUCUUCUUGGCCAGCUCAUGGGAAACCGGUUUACAAUCACAUUGCGAUGUGAAGUUAGUGGCCAGGUUAGGAGCAUGCAUUAUUGUGGGUCCCUACGAAUAUAAUUAAAACAAAUUACUUGCUUAAUGGAUGAAAUGAUGUCGGGCAUGAGAGCCAUACAAGAAGCCAUGUUACAAAGCAACGUGCGCAGUUUAAGCAAUUUCUCAGGAUAGCGCUACAUCACAGUGAGGACUCUUCGUGGAUAUUUUAAGAUUGUAUGUUGUAUAACUUUUUGGCUGUAUCAGAAAGAAUAUUGUAAACAUGAUGUCUGAUGCUCGCUACAUCUUUUUUGUGUCAAAUGGACUUUAAACUUUUUCCCUCCAUUUUGCUGCUGUAUUGAACUAUAUAUUCCUUAAAGAUUGAUAAUUUUCCCGUAUUCGUUAGAGAUAUUGAUUUGUGACAGGUUUGAGAAAA